AUGACAUUCAAUGUUCAAUUCUAUAAAACUAGUAAAACACCCAAACGAAUUGCUAGUUUGAUCUUUAAUCAUCAACCCGAUGUAGUUUGUCUUCAAGAAAAUAUUCAAUAUUAUGAUUGGACAAUGGCGAAAUUUGCACCAUUAAAUUUAAGUUCAUAUUAUAUGCUUGCAGCUGAAUGUGAGGCCGACAAACAUCCUUAUUCUCAUUUGUCAAAUACGAUUUAUGUUCACCAAAAACAUUCGAAAUAUGUUCAAACAUUACAUUCUAUUAAUCUUAUGAUAUUCAACGAAACACAACGAUGUGCCGCUGUUAUUCAAUUGUACAAUACUAAAAUUUCCAAUGUACAUCUAUGUGGUGGACGAUACGAUGAUCAAAAGUAUGAAUACUUGCAAGAACACAAACAUUUACAGUUAGAGCGACUUAUAAAAACAUACAAUCCAGAUAUAAUCAUGGGUGAUUUUAAUGGUGAAGAUUCAGAUGAAGCAGCCAUGAAACAAUUAGAUCAAUAUUCUUUUUAUAAAAUGUUGAAUGAAACCAAUAAAGCUUUGUUUGUUCAUUAUUAUAUGAGUGGCGCACGUUAUUUGCGUGAUCAGACAACAUAUGUUCCUGCCUAUAAUGAAUCAUCUAUUGGUGUAACUAGUGCAUUUGGUGGCACACCUGAUUGGAUUUAUGUAAAAAAUCUAACACGUCUAACAGGGAAAAUAUACAAUUAUGAUACGAUCACUACAAAGUUGUCUGAUCAUAAUGCAGUAAUCGUCGAAUAUUUAUUUUCAAACUUGCCAACAACGUAA